UAUAAAAUGUAUAUAUAUUGUAAACGAAAUAAAUAUAUUUUAACUAGAGUUUACGGAAGAAAUAAUAAAGGACAUAUUACUAUAAGAAAUAAACAAGGAUUAUUUAUUAAAAAUAUUCAAUUAAAAAAUAUAAAUUAUAAUUAUAUUUUUAAAAAAAAUAUAUUAAAUUUUAAUAAUAAAAUACUUAAAGUACAAAUUAUUAAAAAAGUAAUAGAUAUUAAAUUACAAAGAUAUAUUUAUAAAGUAAUAUGUUUAAAUAGUAUUUUACAAACUCAAUAUAAAUAUUUUCCAAUUACAAAAAAUACAAAAGAAGGAGAUAUUAUAUAUAUAGGAUAUACAAUUCCUUUAAAAUUUGGUAAUAUUAUGCCUAUAAAAAAUAUACUUUGCGGCAGUUGAAUUCAUAAUAUUGAGCAUUUACCUACUAAAGGAGCAAUUUUUGUUAAAAAUUCUAAAAUUAGUGCCUUUUUAAUUUAUAUAGGAAAAAAGUAUGCUACAAUUAAAUUACCUUCAGGUGAAAUUAGAUUAUUAGAUAAAAAUGUUUUUUGUAUUUUAGGGGAACUUAAUUUAAUAUUACUUAAUUUAAAAAAAAUUAAGGCUGGAGAUUCUAGAAAUUUAGGAAAACGUCCUAAAGUUCGUGGAGUUGCUAUGAAUGCAUGCGAUCAUCCUCAUGGAGGAGGAGAAGGAAAAAAUUCUAUAGGUCGUUGUUCUGCAUAUUCACCUUGGGGAGUUAUUUCACGAGGUGUUAAAACUAGAAAAAAUAAUAAAUAUAGUAUGAAAUUAAUUUUAAAAAAAUAG